CUCUGCAAUAACUUAUUCAUAUUAUUACAAACAGUUUAAGUACUUACAGAUUUUACUCCAACAAAUUAUUGUAUCAACAAUACUUGUAGAUAAAACGCACAGUUGUUGUAACAAAAUGGCCACAGCAUGGUCUAUGGGUCCUGGCACAUUGGAAGUGCCACUUUCUCUGUUUGCCAAGAACAGACAAAGACUAGCAGAACAACUUAAACCUGGCCAUAUUGUUGUCCUGCAAGGUGGAGAUGAGAUCAGUCACUAUGAUACGGACGUUAAUUAUGUUUUUAGACAGGAAGCCUACUUCACCUGGGUGUGUGGAGUGAGAGAGCCGGGCUGUUAUUUUGCACUAGACGUGAAAACAAAGAAGUCUUAUCUGUUCGUACCCCGUCUACCCGAGGAGUAUGAAGUGUGGAUGGGCAAGUUGCUUAGUUGCUUGGAAUUUAAAAAUAUCUAUGGACUGGAUGAAGUACAUUAUGUUGAUCAGCUGCAAGAGGUUCUCACUGCCUUAAAGCCGGACACUCUGUUAACACUUUGUGGGCCCAACACGGACAGUGGUUUAACGGCAAAAGAGGCAGUUUUUGAAGGAAUUAAUGAGUUCAAUGUAGACAAUGAAAUUCUAUUUCCUAUUAUUGCGGAGCUGCGCGUAUUCAAAACCCCUGAAGAGAUAGAGGUGAUGCGAUAUGUGUGCAAAGUGUCUUCCGAUGCACACAAACAGGUGAUGCUGUACACCCGUCCUGGUAUCAUGGAGUACCAGUGCGAGGCGGUGUUCCUGGAGCACUGCUACCGCGUCGGCGGGUGUCGCCACGUGUCCUACACGUGCAUCUGCGGCUCCGGACACAACGCCGCCACGCUGCACUACGGCCACGCCGCUGCACCGAAUAGCAAGCAGCUGAGGGACGGGGAGAUGUGCUUGUUUGAUAUGGGCGGUAACUACGCGGGUUAUGCUGCGGACAUCACCUGCUCAUUUCCCGCCAACGGCAAGUUCACUGAAGACCAGAAACUCAUCUACGAAGCCGUGCUUGCUGCGAGGGACGCGGUGAUAAGAGAGGCGAAGCCGGGAGUCCUGUGGCCGGACAUGCACUUGACGGCGAACCGCGCUAUGUUGGAACAUCUCAAGAAGGGUGGGCUGCUGAAAGGCGACGUGGAAAGUAUGAUUGAGAACGGCGUCAACCAUAUCCUGCAGCCGCACGGUCUCGGCCACUUGCUCGGCCUAGACGUUCACGACGUGGGCGGGUACCUGGCGCACUGCCCGCCGCGCCCCGCCUCCCUGUCGCGCCUGCGCACGGCGCGCGCGCUCGCUCCGCACAUGCUGCUCACUGUCGAGCCGGGCUGCUACUUCAUACCCCGGCUCGUCGAUAACGCGAAGAACAAUCCGAAGCAAAGGGAUUUCUUCAACUGGGACGUGGUAGAUCGGUUCAGAGGGUUUGGCGGAGUGCGUAUCGAAGACGAUGUUCUCAUCACUGACGAUGGCGUAGAAAACCUGACCUUCGUACCUAGGACUGUGGCCGAAAUUGAAGACUUUAUGGCAAAUGGUGCUAACUUCAAAUGAAAUAAAACAAGCCAAGACCAAACCGCUAAAAUUAGUGAACCUAAAAUAAUAUCAUUUAAAUUGUUUAUAUUUUUGUUACAUUAUGUUUAAGUGGAAGUAUUUACAA